AUGUCCGAAUUCCGCCUCCGACGUCCUUGCGCAGAACAGGCAUGUGUAGGCGUCACCGCCUCGGCAUCCCUGGGCCCCGCCGUUGUCCAAGUGGCUUUCGACUGUAUCGCCCACCUGAAAGACAUAUCGGGCUCGUCAUCAAUAUUUGCGCUUCCAGCUACUGGCAUUACCAGAGAUGACACGGAUUGGAUCUCGAGAGCGAUGGGCAGUCCUCGUCCUCUGUACCUCCUUGCGCGUCACUCUUCGAAGAGGUUGAGAGAUUUGCCACCCCACACAACCGGAGGGGAUUGUCAAGCAUCUCUGAGCGGCAAGAUGCAACCAGCUCGGUGUUCCGCAUCCCUCACCGCUCUCCCGCCAGAGCUCCUCGCUUACAUUGCGUCCCAGCUGGACCAUCCCUCCGCCCUCAACCUGGCGUUGACAUCCCCCGUCCUGACAGGCUCAGCCGAGCACGGUCUUUGGCGCAGGCUGGAUCUCUCUCUCAAUCCGUACCUCCCCCGCGGCCCCUCUGACGCGUCCGAGGUGGCGAUGUACAUCCGUGCUGGCCUUUGGGACGAGCCGGAGGUGCGGGAGGUGCUCGAACGGCACCGAUACGGGAUCCGCAGAAGAUGGGAGCGGUUCGAAAGCAGUGCAGACGCCCAGCGGCUGAGUCACGUCCGGUCGCUCUCGCUCGUUCCUCAUCUGGGCCUUGUCCCGGAGAUGGCGAAACUGCUCGGCGAGGUCUCUCGGAACCUGCUGGAGCUGGAGAUACAGACCUCGGGGUAUCGCCGACAGCGAUGGAACGGGAACAUCAUACCGCACCGGUAUACCCUUGACUUCCUUCUCGUCCGUCAGGGGCUCUCCUUCCCAUCACUCACGCACCUAUCCCUUGGGAUCGCCUCGAUCCGCUUCACCGCCGUCGUCCCCUUAUUCGUCGACGCGGCGCCAAACCUCACCUCGCUCGAAAUCAGCAUCAUGGAUACUGUGGAUCUCCCGGUAGAUCUCGGUGUCACCACGCCAUCCAUCAGCCGGGACACCAAGCUACAGCGGGCGCUGGUACGGUACAGCGACGGGGGCGUUGGAUCGAGCGCCAGCUCCUUUCCGGUCCUCAAGGCGCUACUGGAGCACAGUCCAGAGCUACGCGAGCUGUACAUGGGAUAUGGCUGGCCCGUUAGUGCCGGAGCGGGACACCUUGUGUCAGUCAUCGGGCGGCUGGCGAAGCUGGAGAGUUUGUACUGGCGGGGACCAACGGAGAUCUUUACGAUGCUGCCAAGGCUGGAUACGCAGAUCUUCUCCAAGCUGAAGAGGCUGGUACUGGAGAACAGGGAUUGGAUUGAUCCCUUCUCCGUUGUUCCCACCCUGCCAAAUCUCGAGGUGGUCCACCUUGAUUGCUGGGCUCGACAAUCGACCAACUCGUCCCAGAUCUACAGCUUCCAUAACUCUUCUAGCGAUCUUUCGCAAACCCGGCCUCCCACCCCUUCCCCUGCUCAGGUCAUCCCUCCCGACCUUGUCGACCUGCUCCACGAUAAUCCCCGCCUCCACACGCUCAACCUCUUCCGGAUGGGAGGAUACGGUACCAGUCUGGAAGACAUCCCGGCCGUCAUCGCCACCGAGUCAGCCGGGCAUGUCACUUCGCGCGUCCGCUCGUACAAACACGGCAACUCGGAGCUGCUUCAGCUUCGCAUGCUUCUACAGGACGUCCGCGCCAAGGACUGGACGCCCCUUGCCGAUCCUGCUCAACAAGUCUGGCGUCGGAUACCAUAUACGCGAAGCGAGCAGGAGGCGCGGUCCCAGGCGGAGGAGGAUCAUGGCGGAUUUCUGGACACGAUAAGGGUGCCAAAGAGCCAGGACAUGACGGAGUAUGAGGGAAAGGAGGUACCGGUGGAAUUGUUGGAGCGGAUGAGAGUUGUUCAAGGCGCGAGUAAGGAAGAGUGGAUGAAGAGAGGGGUGGAGGUGGGAGAUGAGGCGUGGCGGAUUCUGGAGGACUAUUUGAAUGGGGGUCCUUGGAACCCCAACUUUGCCCCGCUCUACUUCUUGGAGAUAACCUUUCAGCCGCCGACGGCCAGGCGCACUAUGUCCCCGCCGAAGACCCGCGCGAGAGCAAAGAAUCUUGGAGAAGCCUCGAAGGCGAAUUCACAAUUGAUGCCACGUCCCACAACCCUUACCGACCUCCCGCAAGAAUUGCUCCAGGAGAUUGUCCUGCAUUUGGACAAGACAUCCGGUCUCGCCUUCGCCUUGGUCGCCCCGUCGCUUACCUCGGUCGCCGAUUACGCGAUCUGGCGGGACAUCGACGUAUCGCUCAGUCCGUACUAUGGGGUCCGACCCCAAAUCCCCAGAUACGCCCCAGACAAGCCGCAGGCGCAACCCGCGGCUGUCAAAGCGGCGGAUCGCGCCGAAAAAGCCCACCGGAAAGCUAUCAAAGCCAGGGCGACCAAGCUCAUCAAGGUGGUCGAAUCUCUCCCCAGCGGAGUCGUCAAGUCGGUGCGGCUCGUCCCUCGGCCGGGAACGGCGCCGAAGAUGGUCGAACUGCUGGAAGCGGUAUCGGAGCAUCUGGAGCACCUAGAGAUCCAGGCGCCGGCAUACCAUCCCCCGCAGAAUAUACGGCGGGCGGAAAUCCCGGACACUAUCGACUAUCACCUCAUUCACAGCGAUAUCUGGUUUCCGGCCCUGACGCACCUUCGGCUCGGACCCCACGCGACGCGGUUCUUCGACCUCGUUCCCUUCCUGCUCGUACGGGCUCCCUUCCUGGAGCACCUCGACGUCAGCAUCGACGUAGCGAGCUUUGCCAAAAGCAAAGACUUGGACAUCCCCGACUCUCCAGAUCUCAAGGAGUAUCACGAGGUGGAUGAUGACGAGGAGGACGAGGAGGAAUUCUGUUUCGUCGAGUGUCUUACUCUGACGGUGCCGACCGAAUCGCCCUACGACAUAUAUGGAAUGUACGAUUCAGUCCCGGUGCUCGUCGAGAUCAUUCAUCUCGUAUCCUCCAUACGGCGGCUCUCAAUGGCGUUUCCCAUGGCCAGCUACGCGGCCGUCGAGGGCGGGGAUCGGAAGUUCGAUCUGGACGACCAGCUGGAACCGCUUCGGAACGCCGUCGGGUAUUCGCCAGAGCUGGAGGAUCUCGAUUGGCGAGUCUCUCCACAUGACUUCUGUCAAUUCAUGUGUAUCAGGGGAUGGGAUGAUGAGGAUGAGGAUGAGAAUGGGGAUGAAGCGGAGGAGGGGUCUGCCAUGGGACCCCUUGGUCCGGGCUUCAAGUGGAUUCGUCGUUUGGUUCUGGGGCCUGCAGGUUGGAAUGACGUGAUCACCGAUAUCCCGGAGCUGCCCAGCCUCGAAUCGAUAUACCUACGCCCCCUCCCGGGAUCGGCCGUCACCGCCAUACCGUCAUUACCACACAAGCCUUCCGUCCAAGGCAUGAUACGCGAAUACGCCAAACAGCUUCGUGCCUCUCCCAAACUGCACACCAUCCACACCCUUCUUGACACGUUCGAUGAAGAUGCUCGCCCGACCUUCGACAAGCUGGACAAUAUCGAGCGCUCGAAUCGGCCCAACGGGCUGAUCUAUUCGUACACCCACAAAGGCGCUGACGUCCUUCACGCGCGCAUCCUGAUGUUUAUGGAGGAGGUGGAAGACAGCAAGUGGGAUUGGAUGGAUUAUUGGUCGGGCGAGGAGGAUUGCUGUACGGGUGCGGACGGCAAGGAACGAUUCCGAACGGUGUACACCACGAAACACGGAAACGACCGGGUCAAGUACUACCAGCAUCUCGAUCAGCCGGUCUGGGUGGACUACACAGACUAUAAGGGGAAGAUGGUUCCGAUGGAGAUUAUUGAGGAGAUGAGGGAAGCAGAGGGGCUUGGACAGGAGGAAUGGGAGAAGAGGGGAGUGGCAGUCGGCGAGAAGGGAUGGAAGAUUUUGAGGGAGUGGUACGAGGGCGCCUCAGGUCGAAGACAGGGCAGCAAAUGUGAGUGUACCCUCAUCUACCGGAUCAGCAAUGAUGGCUCGUCCCUCCCACUUCUGAGACUCGGCAGUCCCUUCUCAGCGGAAAUAGCUUCGUUCACCAUGUUUGCGGACCCCCCUACCCGUGAUACAGUCUCACCACCUUAUGAGUCUGACAGCUUCAAUCUUGCCGAUGAACUGCAAGCUGCAGGUCGACCGGCUGACUACUGUUUCACAGCCAAUCCACAUUGCGCUAAGCUCCUGUAG